UCUUUCAUUCUUUCCUCCUUUCUUCCAUGGCGGUAAUUGAACAUGUUAACAUGUUCGCGGCAAAAAGUUUAAAGCUCCUAGCACGCUUCUAGUAGUAAUGGCAAAGUAGCUUCAAGUGUUGUUUAGAAGCACCCUUUACUCUUUACUUCGAGGCGAAUUAGAUUGGUGCUCUGUCAAUGGAGACGACAUUGGGAUCGUCGCUACACAAAGAGGCUGUCUGACAUUACGUUGCUCCGGGAUUGUCGGGGACGAAUAACAAUUGGAGAAGCAACCAGGACAGAACAUCAAGGGAGCAGGACAUACACACCCCAUGCUCGAGCCAGUCGAGAAAAACAAGAUUCCAUCUUCAGAACGCAGGACAAAGGGCGUUUACUUCUCAUUAAAGAAGAGCCAAGUGAUACCUGUGCGUUUGAGUUCUUGAGUCCCAGCCAUAUGGGUCCACAGCUGCAAGAAAUGCGCCCAUCCCCAAAGUUCACUGUUCAGCUUUCCAGAGUAAAAGUGGAACCUCCUGAUGCUGCAGGCCUACAUGAACAAGGCCAGAUUCAGGAACAGUGCAGCGGCGACUCUCCAUCAAGAAGCAAUAGCUACGGAGUGACAGCUGGGACGUGUGACAUUAAAGAAGAACCUCGAGAGGAAUCUUCAAAGGAACAUCCAAUCAUGGAAGUCAAAACGGAGCCUUAUAACGUUGCACUCUCGACUGAGCAGGACCAGAUGGGACACGGCUGUGAAUCAAAAUCAGAAGAAACCACAAGCGACCUGAUUCGAUCCAUGCUGGAUGGAAAUAUGGCAAUCCCUCGCAUUUUGAACUGCGACGAUGUGCCACAAAGCCAGAAGCAGCAAAGAUGCAAAGAAAGGGAAGCAAGAGAAAAACAAAUGAAGAGGGUUUUACAGAAGACAACGCAUGAAGAAUGCAGUGCUAAUGAGCCACCACCCAAGAAGGCACCGUCAGCUGGGUCGGAGUGUUGUGAUGCUGGCUGUAAGCAAAUGAUGCUGCGGUACAAGGACAUUCUGGGUGCUGAAAGGAAAGUUAAGCAAGAUCUUCAACACAAAGUUGAAAGUUUAGAAGAAAGGUUGUCGGCAUUAGGGGAAAGACUGCAAGCUGUGGAAGGGGAGUUAUCUGCAGAAAGGAUCCUGUGUCGCCGUAUCCAAGACACACUUCUCAAGAAGUUUGAAAUUAUCCCCGCAUCCAGAGAAGAACAAGGGAUGAAGCAAGGUGACUACGGGCUACUCGCAUCAUCAGAGCAAAUACAGGCAGCCUGCCGUACUAUAAAUCACUGUGAGGUUGCAGAAGAAGGGCAAAGGCGUGCAGAUAAUCAAGCGACAAUCCCAGAGGGGCCUCAUGCAACUUUCCUUGAGGAACAACAGGCCUACACCCAUGUUUCACGGGAAAACAGAGAACCUUCAGCUGCUACACAGCUUGCUGUAGAGAAUGCUUCCCCUGUGGUCCCGACUGACACCACAAAGGCAGCUCCAGGCUCCAAGCCCGCUUGCCGACGGAAGAAAUACAAAGCCCCCAAAAGAGAAUUUGUCAUCGAUGAAAUUAGGAACACCAGUACCAUGACAAUGUUCUCUAUGGUGGAUGACAAAGUGCAUCUGGGGAACGAUGUGUAUGUUAAAAAGGAGAAGCUCGAAUGGGCAAUGGCGUCCAAGAGGGACUCGACAUUCUGCCGAGAGCUUUCUCGGCAGCUUUGGAGGGAGACUGACCUCCAGGGUCGAAGCUUGAGUGGCACCAUCAGCAAUCGUUAUGCUAAGACUGGUAUUCCCCCGAAGCCUGCCUUGACACCCCAAAAAGUUCAGGCCCUUGCAAAUGCAUACCAACGAUAUGUCAACACAAGGCCCUCAGAUGUUUCGAUGUCCAAAAGGCUUGGCAGUUUCGUUUUUCAUAUGAGAAGCUUCCUGAAUGAUAUGAAUAAAGAAUAAGCAUCUAGUCCA